AUGGCUUCGACCCUUUUCUCAAGAACUUUAUUGAUUGCUGGUCACUGCGUGAUUAAUCCCUCUCUGUCUUAUAUUCUUCCGCAGAAGGCUCGUAAUUUCGCAACCAUUUUGAAUAAGAGAGCAUUCGGCUCACAGUUACGCUCUGGUGCCUAUUCAGCUUCUAAAUCAUCUACUUACGUUGGUCGAGUGAUGGCUUCUACUGGAGUUGGGCCCAAAGCUGAUUACUCGACAUCAUCGAUAUCUACCAACGAACCUGUUGUUUCUGUUGAUUGGCUCCACUCUAAUCUUAGAGAGGCUGAUAUAAAGGUUUUGGAUGCCUCAUGGUACAUGCCAUUUGAGCAAAGGAAUCCAAUCCAAGAGUAUCAAGUUGCUCAUAUUCCACGUGCUCUCUUCUUUGAUUUGGAUGGACUAUCAGACCGAACAACAAAUUUACCACACAUGCUACCGUCUGAGGAAGCUUUUGCUGCCGGUUGUUCUGCUCUUGGAAUCGAGAACAAAGAUAGAGUGGUUGUGUAUGAUGGGAAGGGGCUCUUUAGUGCAGCUCGUGUAUGGUGGAUGUUUAGAGUCUUUGGACAUGAAAAAGUAUGGGUACUUGAUGGAGGCCUUCCGAAAUGGCGUGCUUCAGGUUAUGAUGUUGAAUCUAGUGCUUCGAGUGAUGCCAUUCUGAAAGUCAGUGCAGCAAGUUUGGCUGUAGAGAAAAUUUAUCAAGGGCAAACAAUUAGUCCAAUAACUUUUCAGACGAAGUUCCAGUCACAUCUUGUAUGGUCGCUUGAUCAGGUCAAGGAAAAUAUGGAGAAUAAGACUUAUCAGCACAUAGAUGCGCGUUCAAAACCUAGAUUUGAUGGUGUUGCUCCAGAACCUCGCAAGGGAAUACCGAGUGGCCAUAUACCUGGUAGCAAGUGUGUCCCUUUUCCCCAGAUGUUUGAUUCAUCUCAAUCACUAUUACCAGCAGAGGAGCUUAAACAACAGUUUGAACAAGAAGGCAUUUCACUGGAAAGUCCAAUCAUGGCCUCAUGCGGAACCGGUGUAACAGCUUGUAUUUUGGCAUUGGGGCUUCAUCGUCUGGGAAAAACCGAUGUGCCAAUCUAUGAUGGGUCUUGGACUGAAUGGGCAACCGAACCAAACUUGCCCAUGGUGGGUUCUUCUUCAUGA